CGUUCUCACAUAACGCCAGCUUCCUGGUAAAGUACAAAUAUCAGAAAACGACAUUGAUAUGCUUACCUGAGACAUGCAAAGAGUGCCAAUUCAAACCGAUGUGGAUUUCAUUUGCUAUUUUGCUUUCAUUCAUCACAUCUCACCCCAUCCCCUCCUAUAUUUUCUGCUUUUCCUCAACAAAAAAAGAUCAAUCUCCUCCAGGCAGGGUUCUAGCAGAUAGAAGAGGCAGCAACAUGGACUCAACACAUGAACACAGUGAAUAUGAAGAUUGGGAAAGCAAUCAUAUGGAGAAUUCCAUCUUAAGUUAUGGGAGUGAAAUGGAGGCAGACGAAUGGCAGAUGGUGAAAACCAAGGGGAACCAAUUUGUGGUGAAUGACCAACCUUUCUAUGUUAAUGGAUUCAAUACUUACUGGUUAAUGGUAUUUGCUGCGGAUAAUUCCACCAGAGGAAAGGUCACUGAGGUGUUCAAACAUGCAGCCUCAGUGGGUAUGACAGUUUGCAGGACUUGGGCAUUCAAUGAUGGCGAAUGGAGAGCCCUUCAGAAAUCCCCAUCAGUUUAUGAUGAAGAUGUAUUCCAGGCCCUGGAUUUUGUGGUAAGUGAAGCAAAGAAAUACAAAAUCAGACUCAUAUUAUCAUUGGUUAACAACUGGGAGGCAUAUGGUGGCAAAGCACAGUAUGUCAAGUGGGGCACUGCUGCUGGUCUUAACUUGACCUCUGAUGAUGACUUCUUCUCACAUCCAACUCUCAGAAGCUACUACAAGGCUCAUGCUAAGACGGUCCUGAAUAGAGUUAAUACAUUCACAAAUAUCACUUACAAGGAAGAUCCAACAAUUUUUGCUUGGGAACUGAUGAAUGAGCCUCGAUGCACCUCAGAUCCAUCAGGUGAUAAGUUACAGGAGUGGAUAAAAGAAAUGGCAUUCUUUGUGAAGAGUAUUGAUACAAAACACCUGGUGGAGAUUGGACUAGAAGGAUUUUAUGGACCAUCGACCCCUCAGAGAUUUCAGGUCAACCCAAAUUCAUUUGCUCAACAGGUUGGAACUGAUUUUAUCAGGAACCACCAGGUUCUAGGAGUCGAUUUCGCUUCUGUUCACAUAUAUCCAGACUCCUGGAUUUCACAAUCAGUUGCCGAUAACCAUCUCCCAUUUAUAAUGUCAUGGAUGGAAGCACAUAUAGAGGACGCUGAAGAGUAUCUUGGAAUGCCAGUUGUUUUUGCUGAGUUUGGUGUAUCUGCAAAAAGCCCUGGCUACAAUUCAACAUAUAGAAACAACCUUAUAAACACUGUGUACAAGACCAUCCUAAACUCUACAAAAAAAGGAGGUAGUGGGGCUGGAAGCCUUGUGUGGCAGCUCUUUCCUGAUGGAACAGAUUACAUGGAUGAUGGGUAUGCAAUUGUUCUCUCAAAAUCCCCUUCCACGUCAAGUAUGAUAUCCCUUCAAUCCACAAGGCUCGCCCUAUUCAAUUCCUUAUGCUCUAAAACAUGCCAUUGGGGUUGUAAGAAGAAAAAGGUGUUGGAAAAUAUAAACUAUCACGAUGAACUCUGAUACCAUAUGCGGAAAGUUGCCAAUUAUAGCCAUAUAAACAUGCAUGUUUCUCCUAGUGGAUGCAAGAGUGUCAACUCAGUUUGAAAAUGGUACAAACAACAAAGGAAGUGAACAGUGGAGACAAACCAGUUUUUAAUUAUGUCAAUAGGUCUUUACUUUGUAUGCUCUGACAUUUACAUGGAAAUUUCUAAAUAAGCAAGCAUUUUAGGUGUGAA